AUGUCCGACUACUGGCAGUACAGCUUUCCGCCCUUCUUCACCAUUCAGCCAAAUACUGAAACCAGGCGUCUACAGAUGGACGCCUGGACGGAGAUCAUUCUCGACUACUGUCGGCGAAACCGCAUCUUCUCGCUCAACAUUGGCGACUGCCUGACCAAGGCGCCCUUUCGCAAUGACGCCAUCAGUCGAAGUCUGACUGAGGAAAGUUUGCUGACGAUACUGCAGGAGAUGGCGAAACGCGGCCGCAUAGAGUGGGUCCGGCCAGAGGGCACCAGCGAGAAGAAGAACAAGAACACUGACGGUGGCAACCGCCAGCAGGAGUGCCUGGUCUUCUGGUUGAAGCCCGACGAGUGGGCGAGCACAGUGGAGAAGUGGGUAGACGCCAAGUCGAUGGCAAACACCAUUUGCACCUUCUACGAGAUCACCGACGACGAGCGGGCGGACUCAUCGCUGAAGGGGCUGGACGAGCGAAUUCUCCUCAAGGCGCUCAAAAUUCUCGAGGACAAAGGCAAGGCGACCAUCAUGAAGAUGGACAACUCCUAUGGAGUCAAGUUUCUCUAG